AGCGCGUUCACUGCCCAAAAUUUUGUCUCUUGAUUCUCUCCGACAUUUACUGCAUUUCGAGAAGCAGCAAAUCUUAAACCUGCGCAAGCACGCAACCCCGCUGUCGGUAUAUAGACACACCUUUCCCAUUCAAAAAUCAGUUUCUCUCUCUAAUUUCAUCCCACAAAAAAAAAAAAAAAAAAUGGAUUCUUCCGAUCAACGCCGCAAGCGGAAGCGGUUCCUCAAGCAAUCGUAUUCGCCUUCUUACUUGCCUUCGGCGAGGUUUCUCUUCGCGUUUCUCGGAUUCUUGAGCUUUCUCUCUCUUCUCUCCUACACUAGCCCGUCCACCUCCGCCGCCUUCCGCCCGGUUUUAGUGGUCUCGAGCUUGUCCCUGCUGUCGUCUUCCACUUCGAGAACGGUGAAAUCGGUGCGGGAAUUUGGUGGGUUUUUCUCGCCGAUGAAGAUUGAGGGAAGGGUUUUGUUUCCGGAUCAUGUCUUGGUGCUGGUGGGCGGCGGCGGCGGAGAUGGGUUUGUGAAAAGGAUUGUGAAAAGGAGCAGUCUUGAUCGAUUGGAGUGUGUUUACUACGGCAAAAUUGAUGGGUUUGUGAAGAGAAAAAAUGUUUUGUCUGUUGAUGAAUUUGAUGGGUUUAGGUCGAUUGUGAGGUGCCCAAUUGCGCCUCGGAAUUACUCAGAGGUUGUGCAUUUGAAGAGGGUUGGUGGUAAAAAUGGGAUCUUGAGAGAGAGGGGUAGGGUUUCGGUGAGAAAUCAGACGGUUGAAUCGUGGGAUAAUGUGGCGUAUGCAGCUACACGAGAUGGGGGAAAUGCUGUUGUGUUUGUGAAGGGGUUGAAUCUGAGGCCGGAUAGGGAGUCUAACCCAAGUCAGUUUAGCUGUCAUUUUGGAUUAGGGGACUUUGACCGGAGCCUCCGUUUCCCCAUCUCGACGAGGGCGGUCACGGCGGCGCAGGAGGCGGUGAGGUGCCCCUUGCCGGAGAGUGUGAUUGCAGGGCUUGAUAAGGGUGAGGGGGUGCGAGUGACAGUUGGAUUGCGGCCUCGUGGAGGCCGUGGCCGCGGCCGCGUGCUUGUGCCGUCUGUGGCCAAGAUUUUCGACGGUGGGAGUGGGAGGAAGGAGGCGAAGUUCGAGCUUUGUGUGUGUACAAUGGUGUGGAAUCAAGCCUCUGCAAUUCGUGAGUGGAUCAAGUAUCAUUCUUGGUUAGGAGUUGAGAAAUGGUUCAUCUAUGACAACAAUAGUGAUGAUGGGAUUGAUGAGGUUGUUCAAGAACUUGAUCUUGAAAAUUACAAUGUGAGUAGGCAUGUGUGGCCAUGGAUCAAGACACAAGAAGCAGGAUUCUCACAUUGUGCGUUGAGAGCAAAGGAUGAGUGCAGUUGGGUUUCUUUCAUGGAUGUGGAUGAGUAUUACUACUUCCCUUAUUCGAAUCCCGGGCAGGAUAGGUUCCGGGCGUUGGGGUUUGCGCCUCAGGGCUCGCUCCGUGCAUUGGUGGCGAACCUCUCUUCCUCCUCGAGUAGCAUUGGGGAGAUCAGGACAUCUUGCCAUAGUUUUGGCCCGUCGGGGCUGAAAUCGCCUCCCUCACAGGGGGUCACCGUAGGGUACACCUGUCGGGUGCAGAGCCCCGAGAGGCAUAAGUCGAUCAUUAGGCCAGACGCGCUAGACGCCACCUUGCUCAAUGUGGUGCACCAUUUCCACCUGAAGGAAGGGUUUAGUUACCUUAACUUGCCUCAGAGUAGUGCUGUGAUCAAUCACUACAAGUACCAAGUGUGGGAGGUUUUUCGGGCGAAGUUUUACAGGAGAGUGGCGACUUAUGUCGCUGACUGGCAGCAGAACCAGAACGAGGGCUCUAGGGAUCGAGCCCCUGGGCUGGGGACGGAGGCCAUUGAGCCACCUGAUUGGCCGCAGAGGUUCUGUGAGGUGUGGGACACAGGGUUGAGGGACUUUGUUCUGGCCAAUUUGGCUGAUCUCUCGACUGGUUUGCUGCCAUGGCAGAUGCAUUCUGCCUCGUCUGUUUGAGGGCGUUGUAAAGGAGAUAAUCACACGAAUACUCGAUUCUUUGAUUGGAUGUUUCACAAUUUGUAUCCCAUUUUUUGGUUCUUUUUAGGCUACUGAUCUGAUCACCAAGGCCUUAGAUUUUGUUACAGUAUAGUUUGGCAACUCUUGUGAGAUGUAACUUUAUUUGAUUGAUUACUGAAUUAAUAUGAAUUCCUUCUUUU